CCUGCCAGAGGCCAUGUUUGACCGGCUGCUGACGGGCCCCGUGGUCAGGGAGGAGGGCGUCCGACGCCGUGGACGGCGACCCAAAUCUGAGAUCGCCAAGGCGGCGGCCCAGGUGGCGGCGGCACAGGCUGCCCAGGCCACCGCCGCGUCCUCUGCAGGAGGAGGCAUCAACCCCCUGCUGCUCAACAGUCUGUUUGGAGGCAUGGACCUCAGCCUGCAGUCUCUCCAGUUAGCUGCGGGCCUCAUGGCCUUCCCCGCACCCACCGACCCCAAGCAGGCCGCCUCCAUGCUGCCCCUCAUGCUGCCCGCCAUGGGGGCGCUCCCCAACAUGUUUGGCCUGGGCGGCCUGUUCCAGAGCAACUUGGCCUCCAACUCCGCCUCAGCCUCCACCUCCGCCUCCGCCUCCGCCAACACCAACGGCACCGCUGACGGCGAGGCGGAAGACGGCAGCGCGUCGAAGAGGAAGGAAGAGGACAAAGAUGGAGGUGAGGAGGUUGAGGAGGAGGAGGCAGACGAUGGCAAUGAGGGAAAAAAUAUUGCAAAGAAGAAGAAAAGCCAGAAGGAGGACGAGGAGGAGGCGGAGAAAUCCCAAAGCAACAUGCCAGAUAGUGAUCCUGCGGCCAUCAACAGUGACGCCGCCGCCUUGCUGGCUGCCGCCGGCAUGUCCGCCAAUUCUCUGGCGUUCAACCCUUUCCUCCUCUCCACCAUGGCGCCCGGCCUCCUCUACCCCUCCAUGUUCUUACCUCCGGGCCUGGGCGGCCUCGGCCUGCCUGGCUUCCCCAGCACCUCCACUCUGGCCGACCUCCAGAGCGCCAUAGGGGUACUGGGGGGCAACGCCCUGGCCGCCAACCCCAACAGGGACAACAACAACGACGACGCAGCGGGGCAGCAAGCGGUGGCACAGGAGGAGGAAGAGGAGGAGGAGGAGGAGGAGGCGCGGGGAGCAGAAGGAGACCUAACCGAGGAGAGAGCAGCUGCAACAGAGACCAGGAGCCAAGAAUCUCUUGUGGAGGAGGCGGGGCCAUCUCCACACCAGGACUAAAGUGACCCCUGACCUCUGCCACCUUUACUCAUCUAGCCUAUGUUCUUUCUUUCUGGGCCAGGUGUGUUACCUGAGAGGCAGCAUUAAGUUAAAUCUUUAGUCUAGUCAGGGAAAAUCCUCUCUUGCUCAAAGACUGUCGGCCAGUUUUCAUCUUCCAGUAGUGCUUCUCUUCUAGGACGUCUUCAGAGGAGGAAGGCCAGUGCGGGCGAGCUCAUGUAGCCAACGCUUCUCCACACACACACACACACACACACACACACACACACACACACACACACACAGCUGCCCUCGUACUGUUACCCAGUCACACACUGUUUGAAUUCCAGUCUUUCCACUGCCGGUCUUGGAUCCUUGUGUGAAGGAUCCUCAGGGAGACCCUUUUCCAGGUGGCCCAGUUCUACGUUCCGUCACGUCCUGCUACUUUCCAACACGCUUGAAGACUUUAGUCCCACACUGACACCAGACCUGCCAGACCAGGACUGAAACACAACGUGCUUCGAAGUCAAUGAAGUUCAGCUUCUUUUUCUUUUUUUUUUUUCUUCUUUAUUUUGAAAUAGUUGAAAAGCGAGCGUGGUGCUGGCUUUGUGAAGCUGCUGUUGAGACAAAGCCAGCACCACGCCACCUUCAAAUACUUUUAACUACAUUCAAAGACAAAUUGUGUCCAUCUUAAAAGCAUUCACUACCACCGCCAGCCCAGCACACACACACACACACACACACACACACACACACACUAGUGUGUGUCAUGCUGAGACAGCAAUAACUAUGGCAGCUUUUGAAUGUUCCAACAUAACUCGCCCAACACACACACACACACACACACACACACACACGCAGACUGUAUGAAUUAACCACAAGUGUCGUAUUAAAGAACUCAAAAACUGUAACUGAUAAGUACUGCAAUCAAUUUUGUCUCACUUUGUUCCUGUUGAUGCACUGGUGUUCAAAUAAUCAGGUACCUUUAUUACUUAGCUACUUUUCUUGGAGAUAAAUGGACUUUUUGUUACUUUUAGCCAGCAAGCUGAAGAGCAUUACCUCAAAAUUCUUAUCUAGCCUUGAAGUUUACAGACUUAUAAUGUAAAUGUUUUUUUUUCGUUUUUUUUUCUUAUUUCAUUUUUGUUUUCCUUUUCUUUUUUUGGGUGUGUCGUUUUUUGUUUUUGUUUUUGGAGACAUCAUGUAUGAUGAAUUGUAGCUAUGAUGCUUUUAAUAAAAGUGAAUCAUGAUAUUCGCCUAGGAAACCAAA